UUGAGAAAAGUCAUCGGAGGAUGACAAACGUGAGAUGCGUUCAUAGAGUUCAAUAUAUCGCGAGAACAAUCCGCAUCAAAUCCUAAAGUCAUCGCGAGACUAUCAUCCAGUCCUUCGCCUGCAGAAUCCAGCUGGUGUCCUGCCUGCCGUUGACGGCUUCCUGUGUCACAGUUCUGUAGCAGUUUAGAUCAGAGCCAUCAUGGGAAACAUCUUUGGCAACCUGCUGAAGAGCCUGAUAGGCAAAAAAGAAAUGAGGAUCCUCAUGGUGGGUCUGGACGCUGCCGGGAAGACAACCAUCCUCUACAAGCUGAAGCUAGGGGAGAUCGUCACCACCAUCCCCACAAUUGGUUUCAACGUGGAGACAGUGGAAUACAAGAACAUCAGCUUCACAGUGUGGGACGUGGGUGGCCAGGACAAGAUCCGUCCCCUUUGGAGACACUACUUCCAGAACACUCAAGGUCUGAUCUUUGUAGUGGACAGCAAUGACCGUGAGCGGGUCAAUGAAGCCCGUGAGGAACUGAUGAGGAUGCUGGCUGAGGACGAGCUGCGGGAUGCCGUACUUCUUGUCUUCGCCAACAAACAGGACCUGCCCAACGCCAUGAACGCCGCAGAGAUCACAGACAAACUGGGCCUGCACUCCUUACGCCACCGCAACUGGUACAUCCAGGCCACCUGCGCCACCAGCGGGGACGGCCUCUACGAGGGCCUGGACUGGCUGGCCAAUCAGCUGAAGAACAAGAAGUGAAGAGCUGGUCGGGGAGGAGUGGGGAAGAGCCGGGGUGACAGCUAGCUCCAGGUAGAGGGUUACAGUGGGUCUGUUGUGUUCACAAAACAGAGAGAAAACACUGAAGAAGCUCCCAGGAGGUUGACUCUCAAUGGCUUUCCCCUCACAGAUAUUUUUAUCUCUCCAUUUCUGUACUUUUGAUUAUUUUGACUCGUUUGGAUAUGUGGUGACAUUUUGUUUUAUAGAUUUACAUACAAAUGGUGUCAAAGCUGAUAUAACUGAUCUACGUUUCCAAACUGAGUCCAUAAAUAUUGGCUUUUGAUAUUGUUAUAUUACUGUGAAGGUGUAUGACACUCCCCUUCUUUACAGUCUGUCAUCUACAUCAAAUAUUCACCAUAUUCAGAACAUGACGGCAAAACCGCCUUAUCUUAGAACCUAUAAACUUGGUGUAAAUUACAAAGACUUUCUUAAAUGUGUAGAGGGAUAGUAUGUUAGAACAUUAACUAACACUUUUACAUGCAGUAUGCUCCCACAGGCUCAGACAACAGCUUUUACUGGCGUGGAAUUGUAUUCCCCAGAUUGUAUUCAUGUGAAAGAAUUAAUUAGGUUCAGAUUGUAUUUAUUUUAAAUAUAUAUUUUACUCUAUUUAUGUUAAUAAACACAAAUUCUGCUGAUGGCGACGUGCGUCAUCGUCCUCAUCUGUUUAUUUAUUGAUUGAUGUUAUGCUCUGAGUGCGUCGUAUGAUGUCUCUUCUCUUUUAUUGCAACGUGCAUUUACUGUUCAGGCAACUAAAACAAGAGGAAGCCUCUAUAUCGUUUAACUGUGCAUUACUGCUUCCCAGUCUGCAUGGAAAUAUCCCUCAUUUUGGAUUUGUGAGAACUAAUGAAGGGUGCUGCUCUAAACAUUAUGAAAAAAGUUCCUGAUUGCCUUGUCUGGCUCAGAAAGGGUUAAAGACAACUCAUCGGACCUCGGCGAGGUGUGAUAUCCAAUCUAAUGCAGAUGACAGAACAGACAGCGACUCUCUACCAGCUUAGAGCAGAAAAAAAACACUGCUGUCUGCCUUCCCUGCAGAGAGUGAUUCAGCACAGCAUGUGAUUGGUACUAUUAGAGCUUACUUGGUUCUGUCCGUUUAAUUGUUCCCAAACCACUUUUUUUUUCUGCCGCAGCUUAUUAAUGUGUUAAGCUCACUUGGUUUAUUCGUUACACAUUUUGCUGCUUUUCUUAACCAAAUCUGAGUGUGUAUCUAAGUGCGCAAUGUAAUUUAUCGCUCUAUAAAAACGCACUGCCCUCCUCUUCUUCUUCUUCUUCUUCAUUUUGUUUGAGUUUGUCGUUUUAGGUCGAUUUGUUAACCACUUCUGGCAAAUUUGUUGAGUUUUCAAACAUAAUCAGAAAACGGGAGAGAGGUUGAAAGUCAUUCUGCAUCAUAAGGCAUGUUAAUACUGUAAAAGAUGUGUAAUUAAAAGUGAAAUAUACUGUUAUAGCCCAUUUCCUUCAGACUAUUUUUGUUAGUCAGAAUCACUGCUGCUGGUUGGGUCAAUGCUGUACGAACAAUUGUCAAGAAUUUGUGUAAAGUUUACCGAACGACCUUCUAAUAUGCAAAUAAGCAUGCUUUUCUAUGUCAGCGCGCAACUGUAUAUACUGUAUGUUAAGGUGGGAGGAGAAGUAAACCACUGUUCUCUCGGUCAAACUGCUGUAGAUAAAGGGGUCAGCGUGUUGGCAGCUGCAUAUAACUGACAACAGCUUGUGCGUGUGAGUGUGACUUGUUAUCUAUCAUAUUCUGUUUGGUGUGAAUUUUCAUUUUGUGGCCUUAAAAUGUCUGUGGUUCUUUUCUCUUUGAUAACAGGUUUGUAUGUGGGAAAAAUGUCCAACAUUCAAGUAUUUCACCUAAUAUCUGUGACAAUGAUGUGGCUAAACGUCCUUCUUUGAGAGAUUAUUAUUAUUCUUAUUACUGGCAGGAUUUGACUUGUCAAGUGAAGAGAAACGAGGCUGGGCAGCAUUUUUGUUUUGAUGUGUUUCCAGAAAACGAGGACUGAAAUUGAUUCAGAGAAUUAAAUUAGAAUAUAAAGAGGAAGUAAACACAAACUAGUGUAAAAAUGAUAACGAUCUGAUUUCUGGUAUUUCAAAAAACAAUAAACAACCAAAUUAAACUGA